AUUCGAUUUUGUCUGUGUGCGUGAAGUGUGCCCAUAAAUUUUAUUAUUAUUACACCACUUACGAUCGUUUUCGAUGAUGAUGUUUGAUAGUAGUCCACUUUAUCAGUAAAGUCUGUGAGGUGACCUGAAUGGUAACGAUACCUUUGCAGCCAAAUAGAAUUGUUGUGGCAGUCUCGAAUGUUUAUUGACGUUUUGAUGUUGCCGAUAGCCAGGAGUAGAUAAAGCGUGUAGAGAGGAAGGUUUUGUCUACAGUUCGUUACAGUUGUGGCUUUUGAGAGUAAACAUUCUAUUUGCGUGUCAGUUACAAAACUCACAGUUUAAAAAGAAAUUACUAUUUAAAUUUGUUAACAUGCAAUGCGGUUAAUCAAGAUUUUCACACAUUACCGUGACAUUUCAAUGACAAAAUCUGAGUGGAGAACGGAAUUGUUUUGGAGUUGAAAGGGUGUUUUGUAAAUAUCGUCUACAUGUGACUGCUUUAUUUGAUAUGUCACCAAAAGAGCCGACCUUUUCUCGGUAGACUGUUGUGGAAGAACUGGACACCCAAAAAAAAGCCAAACCAUCUUCUUCUUGCAAGGUGUAAAGUAUGUUUAACCAACCCUUUCCAAUUUCCGAAGGGAAACAAAUGCCUCAGGCACCUUACAUAGGCACACACCAAAAAACCUACCUCCCCCGGGGGAGAACGCUUUAAUGAGCAAACCAAACAUGGUCUUUCUGUUUGGCCACUCUGUAGCACCAUCAUCAUCAUAUGCUGUGUAAGCAUACAAUUCAUCUUCUCCGAAGUUUCACUUUGCUUUUUACCCCAUUCUAAGCGCAAUAGCACUAAUCGUUUCAAAUGCCACGUGUUGCAUCGAUUGCGUACUGCGUAGAACGCGUUAAAUAAAAGCGCAAAGAACCAUGCCAGCGCACGCAUUGUGCGGUUCGCUGCUUUUCGCGGACACUUGUUGACCGCACAAAAGCAAGUGUUUCGUGGCAUAGAAACUAGCACACUCGUACGAUUCUAACUGUAACGCAAUUUCAUGUCUCUAUUGUGUACGGUGAUUUAUAGUUUCCGAUUAGGUAUAAAGUUCUCCAAACUUCGCUCGCCAAGAUGAAGCAAAAAGGCUUAGUUUUAAUAGAAAUUAAUAGCAUUUCUUCUAUUCGAGGGCUUUCCAUACUCCGGAACGGUGCACACUUCCGGGCUGUGUGUUUAUCCUUUGCGCCCUUAAUCGAAUUAAAAUACUUUACAUGCUUCAUCAUCAUGGCACCAAGAAUGGCCAAGGGUGCCGGCGAUGCGGUAGUCUACAACCCAAAACGAGGCUUGUGACAAAACGAGUUAAAAAAGAGGUGAAAUCCAACACCCCGUAUCCACCGUCCUACAGGUUCGCGUAUUCCCGCUCGAUGGAUGUAACAAAUUGGAUCAACAAACUUCUCGGCCCUUCGAACCAUUCCCUUGCCUUCCGCCCUGCUGCUGCUGCUGCUGCAAAAAAAACCGGAAGUCAAAUGAUCAAGUGCAAAGGAAAGAAUCGAAGCGAAACGUUAACCGCGUCCGUCGUACGGGAAGGAUUGUUUCAUGAGGGGGAAGUUCUUUUUUCAUGGCAUCAAAUGACUUUACAUCCGCUAAUGAGUUAACGAGUUUGUGUCUAAUUUAACAACGAAAAGUGGAAACCAUUCGCACCAUUCGAUUUGACACCAAUGCGUCACGCAAAUGAUCACUUUCUGCCUUCUUCAGAGUCUUGUUCUGUUUUUUUUACUUCUAUAAUCUAUAAUCGCUCACUUGGUGUCCUGUUUUUCCCCCGUUUACUAAUUUCCCUCUUUUUCGGGUUUGAUUUCUCGACGACAGGUGGUUCGAAUACGGGCCUAACAGUAAAAAAAGUGUACAUUUUCCAGUGAAGAUCAUUCAGCGAUCGUUCUCCCUUGUACGUACAACGUUCAGUGGCAUUAAUGUGUUAAUGCGAUAUUGAUGAACCAUCGUUUGGAAGGAAAGAGUUUUGUUUUUGGUCAAAGUAGGUAAAUUGUGAAGUUUCACAACAACAACAACAACAACAAAAAACUCCGCGCAACCACGCACGUUAAGCCGUGUGAACGCGAAGCAAAAAAAAAGAAAUAAAGGGCCGAUAAGCGAAAAAAGUAGCACAAUAUCGGUGAGAACUCGAACAGUAGUGUGUUGCACACGAAGGAAGGAAGGGAAAAUAUCCAUAAGUGCUAAAGUGCGUUGGACUGUGUUGUUUGAACGCAAAACGGUAAACUUGUGCAAAAGAAAAACAACCCAAAAAGUCGAUAAGUGAAACACAACGGUCAAUAGGCGUUAAAAAUGGCAUCUCCAACACCGGCUCCCGUGAAGAAAGUGCCGAUUCAUCUACAGAGUGCGCAAAAUAGACUGUACAUCAAGCGCGGUCACGUCGUGAACCAUGAUGGAAUGCAACAGGCGGAUGUGUACAUCGAGGAUGGAACUGUACGGUAUGUUGGUUCAGGUGCAGACUUUGUUGUUCCCGGGGGCUGUCGCACGAUAGAUGCCACUGGUAAGCUGGUAAUGCCCGGUGGUAUCGAUCCGCACACACAUUUUCAGCUAGAAUUUGGAGGCACUGUCUCAGUAGAUGAUUUCUACAAGGGCACCAAGGCCGCAGUGGCCGGUGGCACCACAACCAUUCUGGACUUUGUGCUUCCGAAAAAGGGCGAAUCGCUGCUUGAGGCGUACGAUACAUGGCGUGCAAGGGCCGAUCCAAAGGUGGUGUGUGACUAUGGUCUGCACAUUGGGAUCACCUGGUGGUCUAAAUCGGUACGGGAUGAGAUGAAGAUUCUCUGCCAGGAACGUGGCGUUAACUCGUUCAAGUGUUUCAUGGCGUAUAAGGGUCUGUAUCAGCUCAACGACUCCGAGCUGUACGAAGUGUUUGAAACUUGCAAGGAACUUGGAGCGGUGGCGAUGGUACAUGCGGAGAAUGGCGACAUAAUUGCUAAGAACGUAACCAAACUGCUAUCGGAAGGAGUGACCGGACCGGAGGGCCAUGAAUUGUCCCGCACCGAGGAAGUCGAGGCAGAGGCUACCAAUCGCGCUUGCGUUAUUGCGCAUCAGGCUCAAUGUCCGCUGUAUGUUGUGCAUGUAAUGAGCAAAUCGGCUGGUAUUGAGGUAGCUCGCGCUCGUCGCCGCUACAAUGGAACUGGCAUUUUCGGUGAAACAUUGGCGGCUGCACUCGGCACUGAUGGUACACACUACCACGACAAAUGCUGGCAUCAUGCGGCCGCCCACGUGCUCAGUCCACCGUUGAGACCCGAUCCUACCACGCCGGAAUUUCUGAUGAAACUGUUAGCCCAGGAUGAUCUGCAGACGACUGGCAGUGACAACUGUACAUUCAAUCGCAACCAAAAGGAGUUGGGACUGAAAGAUUUCUCCAAAAUCCCGAAUGGUGUCAACGGAGUCGAGGAUCGAAUGUCUGUGGUUUGGGAAAAAGGUGUUCAGUCAGGACUUAUCGAUCCUCAGCGUUUCGUGGCAAUCACCAGCACGAAUGCAGCUAAAAUUUUUAACCUCUACCCACGAAAGGGACGCAUUGCUCCUGGGUCCGAUGCCGACUUAGUAAUCUGGGAUCCAAAAGCAGUGCGCACAAUUUCCGCAUCUACCCAUCAUCAGGCUUGUGACUUCAACAUUUUCGAAGGCAUGAAAUGUCACGGCGUACCAGAGUUUGUGAUUGUGCGAGGACGUGUAUGCGUCGAAUAUGAGUUAAUUCGCGUCGCAGAGGGUCAAGGUUUAUUCCUGGAAACACCCGUCUACCCUUCGUUUGUGUACGAUGCGCUGAAUGGUGUUUCCCGCCCGGAAGAUGAAUCUGACGAAAAGCACACUCGCAAUGGAAUUCAGAGUUUGGACCUAAACUCCAAAUCGGGUCAUGAUGUAGAUAUCCCCGAUACAUACGCCCUACCCGAGAAGUACAUUCCAGGUCCGGCAUUGAGUGUUAUCUCCGGCGAUUCACAGCUCAGCACUCCACAUAGCGCCCGUGGUCAUCGUCCCGAUGGGUUAAAGAAUAUGCAAGAAUCUACCUUUUCCAUCAGUGAAGAGCUCGACAAAUCGGAAGCACGCUCGUGUAUUCGCGUACGGGCUCCUCCCGGUGGAAAGUCUUCCGGAUUCUGGUAAGGUUGGAAAUACCCUUGAAGCAUUGGAUAUGAAAUGAAUUAAGGAAUGGUAUGCAAAGUUACCUCUCAACACGAUCACCUCCAACCAUCCAAAGAAGUACACGUGCACUAAGUAUGAACCAGCCGCACGACGAGCGACCACCACAACACACCACUAGGGGAUACUUUCGAACGAAUAGCCGAUAAAAAAAGAAGUUGAGAAGUGGAGAAGGGAAUUGUUUCGAAACCAUAUCAAAGCGACCAAACAGAAUUGAUCGUUUCGAUUAAAGUUUUGGUGACUUUUGACGUUGGUCCCAAAGGCGCUGGAUAAACCAAACAAUCAGCUAAGUAAAUUAAAUAUAUUAUACGUUUUCGAGGUUA